CACUGGCUGGACCAUUCAAAAUUCAUUAAGAAGCAAAUAAAAAUUGGACCUCCGUACACGUUGCAUUUUCGAAUUAAAUACUAUUCAUCGGAACCAAACAACCUUCAUGAGGAGUUUACAAGGUACCUGUUUGUAUUACAGCUCCGGCAAGACAUUCUUUCAGGGAAACUGAAAUGCCCGUAUGAAACUGCUGUUGAACUAGCGGCUCUGUGUCUUCAAGCUGAGCUGGGAGAGUGUGAGCACCCAGAGCACUCGCCAGAACUUGUGUCUGAAUUCAGGUUUGCACCAAACCAGACUGAAGCAAUGGAAUUUGACAUUUUUCAGAAAUGGAAAGAGUGCAGGGGAAAGAGCCCAGCGCAGGCCGAAUUAUGCUACUUGAACAAAGCUAAAUGGCUAGAAAUGUAUGGUGUAGAUAUGCAUGUCGUUAAGGGAAGAGAUGGUUGUGAAUAUGCUCUUGGACUGACACCGACAGGCAUAUUGAUCUUUGAAGGAGCCAACAAAAUAGGCUUAUUCUUUUGGCCUAAAAUCACAAAAAUGGACUUUAAAAAGAGCAAACUAACACUUGUGGUUGUAGAAGAUGAUGAACAGGGCAGAGAGCAAGAGCACACAUUUGUUUUCCGGUUAGACAGUGCCAAAACGUGCAAACAUUUGUGGAAGUGUGCAGUGGAGCACCAUGCUUUCUUCAGAUUGCGAGCCCCAGCAAAUAGUAAAUCUAGUAGAUCUGACUUCAUAAGGCUGGGAUCACGCUUCAGAUUCAGUGGGCGGACAGAGUAUCAAGCGACACAUGGGACAAGAUUACGCAGAACUAGUACAUUUGAAAGAAGGCCCAGCAAGCGAUACCCUUCUCGAAGGCAUUCAACUUUUAAGGCAAACAAUCCUGUGAAAGCAGCACAACUGUGUGCUAAAAAUACUCCUGAAGUCCAUAACUACCAGCCACAGUAUCAUCCUAAUAUACAUCCUGCUCAGCCACACUGGCAUCCACAUACCCCUGUGAAUGUAAGGCCACCCUAUCAUGAUGACAGGCCAUAUUGGAAACCCCCCACAAGUGGAGAGGACAGCAAUUUACGAUAUAUCCAGGAACAGAACCAGAAGAAUUUAGGAGGAGUCCAAAGUAUGGUGUACCAAGAUAAACUCAUGACGACUCUCUGAAAAACAGUCACCUUCAUUUCACCUGCCAUCUUAGACGAUCAUUGCAUUCCAUGAUCCUUGUCUGUCUGCAGUAUGUUCAAAGUGUAUUGUGCAUAAAGUGUGUGUGUCUUUGUAUGUACAUCCAUCCUUGUCUAGUGUUCAUGGACAUUCUUGGGAAAAGUAUUUUCCAUAUCUUUGUAAAAAA